AUGGACCAGCAACUCAUCCUCUCUUCCACUCCCGCAGACGGCGUACGCGUCCUCGCGUUAAACAGACCCUCCAAGCGAAACGCCCUCUCGCAGGAACUCAUAACCGUCUUUCUGGAACAGCUCAAGACAGCAUCCCAAGACGAUGGCGUGCGAGUCAUUGUUAUCACUGGCAGCUCGACUUUCUUUUGCGGUAUGAACUCACUCCACUUAUCAUUACCCAAUCCUAAGAACAGGGCCGGAGCUGAUAUCGGGGAGAUCUCACGCCUCGAUGCGGAAGGCGCGCGGGACUGCCGCUACUUGUCGGAUCUUUGCACGGGGAUGCAAGCCGUGCGCAAGCCUUUGAUAGCGGCUGUUGAGGGAAUGGCGCUCGGUGGGGGCUUUGAGCUUGCUCUCAUGUGCGACCUGAUUUUCGCAGCGCAUGACAGUCGAUUCGGUCUUCCAGAGGUCUCAAUUGGCCUUAUUCCUGGUGCUGGUGGUACACAGCGGCUGACCAACGCCGUGGGAAAGUUCAAGGCCAUGCAGAUGAUCCUUCUCGGUCGUCCCAUACAAGCAGAAGAGGCUCAGUCUGCAGGACUAGUUGCGCAGCUCUAUGAAAGCGGCAGCGUCUUGGACAACGUGGUCAAGGACACGGCAUCGACGCUUGCGGCGCUAAGUCCCAUGGCCUUGGGCUUGGCUAAGGAAGCAAUCUGCAAAUCGGAUGAUUUAGGGGUUGAUCACGAGUUCGAGAGGAGUCUGUAUUACUUUGCUUUUGGGACCAAGGAUAAAGAAGAGGGUGUCCGAGCCUUCUUGGAGAAGAGGAAGCCUGAGUGGACGUCCAAGUAA